CUCCAGACAGGUUAUGUCACCGACGGAGGCUGCCCUGAAGCUCCCUGCAGCCCGGAGACUAUGUACAAGAGGAAUGGUCUGAUGGCUAGCGUGUUGGUCACCUCUGCCACUCCACAGGGCAGCAGCAGCUCAGACUCUCUGGAGGGCCAGAGCUGCGACUAUGCCAGCAAGAGCUACGAUGCCGUUGUCUUCGAUGUCUUGAAAGUGAGUCCCGAGGAGUUUGCUAGCCAGAUCACGUUAAUGGACAUACCCGUGUUUAAAGCCAUCCAGCCGGAGGAACUUGCCAGCUGUGGAUGGAGUAAGAAGGAGAAACAUAGUCUCGCCCCCAACGUUGUGGCCUUUACCCGGAGGUUUAACCAGGUCAGUUUUUGGGUUGUUCGAGAAAUUCUAACAGCACAGACUUUAAAAAUAAGGGCAGAAAUCCUGAGCCAUUUUGUGAAAAUAGCCAAGAAACUUCUAGAACUCAACAACCUUCAUUCUCUCAUGUCUGUGGUAUCAGCAUUACAAAGUGCACCCAUCUUCAGGCUGACAAAAACCUGGGCUCUUUUGAAUCGAAAAGACAAGACCACCUUUGAGAAAUUGGACUACCUGAUGUCUAAAGAAGAUAAUUACAAGCGGACCCGGGAAUAUAUCCGAAGCCUGAAGAUGGUUCCCAGUAUUCCCUAUCUAGGGAUCUAUCUUCUGGAUUUAAUCUACAUUGAUUCUGCAUAUCCUGCCUCGGGCAGCAUCAUGGAAAACGAACAAAGAUCCAAUCAGAUGAACAAUAUUCUCCGAAUAAUCGCUGAUUUACAAGUUUCCUGCAGCUACGAUCACCUCACAACCCUGCCCCACGUGCAGAAGUACCUGAAGUCCGUACGCUACAUCGAAGAGCUCCAGAAGUUUGUGGAAGAUGACAACUACAAACUGUCACUCAGAAUUGAACCGGGAAGCAGCUCUCCGAGACUGGUCUCUUCCAAGGAAGAUCUCGCAGGCCCCUCCGCUGGCUCCAGUUCUGCGAGGUUCAGCCGGCGGCCCACCUGUCCUGAUGCAUCUGUUGCUGGCAACCUCCCCACGCCCCCUGUCCCGAGACACAGGAAGAGCCACAGCCUGGGAAACAAUAUGAUGUGUCAGUUGAGUGUAGUUGAGAGUAAAAGUGCGACAUUCCCAUCGGAGAAAGCGAGGCACCUGCUGGACGACAGUGUCCUAGAGUCCCGCAGCCCCCGCAGGGGCCUCGCCCUCACCUCCUCCUCUGCCGUCACCAAUGGACUCUCCCUAGGCAGUAGUGAGAGCUCAGAGUUUAGUGAAGAGAUGUCUUCAGGGCUGGAAAGCAGGGGACGUCUCUAUGCCACGCUAGGGCCCAACUGGCGGGUUCCAGUUCGGAAUUCUCCCAGAACCCGGAGCUGCGUCUACAGCCCCACAGGCCCGUGCAUCUGUACGCUGGGGAGCUCAGCCGCAGUGCCCACCAUGGAGGGUCCUCUGAGGAGGAAGACUCUGCUCAAGGAAGGACGGAGACCCGCGCUGUCCUCGUGGACCAGGUACUGGGUCAUACUCUCGGGAUCCACCCUCCUGUACUACGGAGCCAAGUCCUUGCGGGGCACAGACAGGAAACACUAUAAAUCCACACCCGGCAAAAAAGUCUCCGUCGUGGGCUGGAUGGUGCAGCUGCCUGACGACCCCGAGCACCCGGAUAUCUUCCAGCUGAAUAACCCCGACAAAGGCAAUGUUUACAAGUUCCAGACGGGUUCCCGGUUUCAUGCAAUAUUGUGGCACAAGCAUUUGGAUGACGCAUGUAAAAGCAACAGGCCUCAGGUACCUGCAAACCUUAUGUCAUUUGAAUAAGUCUCUGCAGGACUUGGCGUGACUUCAGAGGCUUCUGGGAGCCCAGCCUGGGACUGGUGGCGAAGCGCAUGUCCUGGGCACAGGCUUUUGGCCAGGAUGCUGGGUGACUCACGGCCGGACUCAAGGGGACUUGGCCUGUGGCCUCACAGAUCCAGAGGGCUCCGCCAGUGCAGGGUCCACCUGCCAAUCCCCAGCGACUCUCAUGACACUCAUUCUUCAGCACCACCCCGCAGGGCCGUGGUUGGGCCCCAGACUGUGCACCCCACCCUCCCUCUCUGGGCCCUCGUCUGUCCACCAGCUGCUGCUUCGACUAGAGAGCAUCCGGCCCACGUUGGGUCUCCCGUGCUUUCUCCUGCACAAGAGUGGACAGUGUUAACCUGCAUGAGGGGCCAGAGAGAAGGAACAGGCUAUGGAGUUGGCUUUUUAUACCCCAAGUGCACGGGGUCGCUCGCCCACAGGGCUGCCUCAGAUUUUGUACAACCCCCAAAGCGUCCUCUGCGUGUGCGUGCUGUAUACGUGUGCGUGCGAGCGAGUGUGAACUCUUCAUGAAACAUGCAUUUUGGCACAAGACUUGUGACAUCACAUCCUUCAUUCGCUUUGAGGCCCUGCUUUAACCUGACAUGAUAGCCUUGUCCACUGAGGAAGGUCAGAGUGAGAGCCCAGAUUCCUCCUAUGUUAAGGGUUCCUUGCAUUCUUUUACUGUAAACAAAC